GGGAGGCUAUAUAGGAGCGCUGCGGCAGCCGGCGCGCAGACGUAGCUAACACUCACGAUGAGACGGUCGACAGUAUUGCUCUUUUUAUUCGCGGUCGCGCACGCGCUUCCCGCCCAAGACUCGAGCCACUCAGACAACGACAUCGACGGCCUCACAGACUGCCUCAGAAAGGAAUCCACAACAUGCCUCAAGUACAAAUUCUUCUCGUUCGUCGACAAGAUGAUUGGACAAAAGGAAUCCUUCUCACUCACCGAUGGAGUCACCGUCGUCAAGUCCGGUGAUGUGCCCACCGACACUGGAGCCCCGAGAGCCCUAGAUCCUGUUUCGCGGUUGAAGAACUACUUCGAAACGCAUUCCUUAAGAGUAGAAGUGAAAGGUUCGGAUGUGAUUGAUGCGGUGUCAAGUGCAGGGCGCGCGCUCGAAGAUACAGUGUCCUCGUUUACUGAAGACAAUGAAGUUAGUGAAGGUCGUGGGAAGAAGAAGAAGGCGGCAAAGAUUCUGGGGCCAUUGAUCGCGGCGGUGGCUCUGAAGAUGAUGGCGCUGAUGCCGCUGGCGAUUGGAGCGAUCGCGUUGAUUGCAGGAAAAGCGUUGUUGAUAGGAAAGUUAGCGUUAGUGUUGUCGGCGAUCAUAGGGUUGAAGAAGUUGUUGUCGCAGCAGAAGCACGUGACGUACGAAGUGAUCGCGCAUCCGCACCACACGUCGAGCCACGACUACAGCAGUGGCGGCACGAGCGGGUACGGUGGAGACUCGGGCGGGUCCUACAGCAGCAGCGGUAGCGGAGGAAGCGGCGGGCACGGCGGCGGCUGGGGUCGCUCGCUCGAAGCUCAGAGCUUAGCGUAUUCUGCGCAGAAACCUUAGCGACCCGGUUCCGUGGCCCCUUUCCACUGAUUUCUCCGAUCUUCAACGUAUUUAAGUAUUAUUUAUUUUGUAUGGAUGUGAGUGUGCCUG